AUGGCAGCGAAUGAAUACUACAAUGCUGCCACUCCGUACAACCAUACCGCUCAUCAACACCUCGAUCAUUCCCCACCGUCACCUCCGCCGUCCUCUGCAAAACCGCCUACAUCUUUAUACACCAACUAUCCGCCUUCUAGGGCCUCUUACAUCCAGUCACCGUACAGCGCCUCGGGGGCGAUAGAUAGCCCUUACGAUAACCCACAUCACUCACGAGAUUCCUAUUACUCAGGCGUUGUUGGUGGCGCAUUGAACGACGAUCGCCAAUACGCAGAUAACAUCCCCUUGAAAUCACCUCAGUCGAGACCUUACUCCGGGGAUCCUCUUGCUGGCCAAAACACACAAUAUCCUCCGUCACCUGAAUCGCAACGUCCGCCAAAGUCGAGUCGCAGGCGAGAGAAGAAGCAGGGAUGGUUUUCUGGGAAGAUAACAUGGGUAGUCUUUGCGGCCACACUGGUGCAGAUUGGUGUUUUCAUUGCCGAGAUCGCAAUAAAUGGUUCCCCGAUCAUGACCCGUCCCAGUUUUAAUCCCAUGAUCGGCCCUUCUCCAUACGUUCUCAUAAACAUGGGUGCUCGAUUUGUACCAUGCAUGCGCCUGACCGAUGGAACCGACGGCCUCCUCUUCCCUUGUCCCGAAACGACGAGUUCUGAUCCAAACGAUGCUGUCAAUAAGUGCACUCUACCAAGACUCUGCGGAUUUGGUGCAGCCGAGAACUCUCAACCAACUCAGUGGUUUCGCUUUAUCAUCCCCAUGUUCUUGCAUGCUGGGAUCAUUCACAUCGGCUUCAACAUGUUGCUUCAACUCACGAUGGGGCGCGAGAUGGAGCUCGCGAUCGGAUCGCUACGAUUUGCUCUGGUGUAUCUCAGUUCUGGCAUAUUCGGCUUUGUCCUUGGUGGAAACUUUGCACCACCAGCCAUUGCAUCGACAGGGGCCUCUGGAUGUUUGUUCGGGGUUUUGGCGCUUGUUUUGCUAGACUUGAUCUAUAGCUGGAAUGAGCGUUCGAAGCCCGGCCGGGAACUUCUCAUCAUCCUGCUCGACAUUGUCAUAUCAUUCGUGCUUGGACUUCUCCCAGGUCUGGAUAACUUCUCACACAUUGGAGGCUUCUUGAUGGGGCUGGUUCUCGGGAUUUGCAUUCUACACUCCCCCAAUGCCCUGCGACAACGUAUCGGUAUGUCCACGCCAUACGAGCCAAUGGCAUCUGGAGGGGCCACGGGAAAUGGGGUCAUGGGCACAUUUGUCAAACGCCCGGUUGGCUUUUUCAAGGGCCGAAAGCCUGCCUGGUGGGCGUGGUGGUUGCUGAGAGCUGGUGCUCUGAUGGGAGUGCUUGUCUCAUUCAUCGUUCUUCUGAACAACUUCUACAGGUACAAGACCGGAUGCAGUUGGUGCAAGUAUCUGAGCUGCUUACCGGUCAGCAAUUGGUGUGAGCUUGGCAAUAUUGAACCAGCGAAUGCAAAUGGCAGCCAGGUGCGAAGGGAUUUGAUGACGAGUGUGUCACAGAUCGGUAGUAAUCUUUUCCCAAGAGCGAGGAGUUGA